AUGGCAAUCAAGCUGCAUUUUUUCGUCGCUUUUCUCAUGUUUACUGCAUACUACUUGGCAGAGGUUUAUUCACUAGUGGAAUUUACAAACGUACAGUGCGAGUCUCUGGAUAAGGACUUUUGCAUAUUUGAAAAAUGUCUUCUGAAAUCUGUAAACCGAUCUUACAAAUAUCUUUCCGUUAGUGUUAAACUCCUACAGCUACCCGUAACCAAAGCUAAGGUGCACUUUAGUCUCCAAAAACGUUUGAAUGGCUAUAUCCCAUUCCUCUACAAUAUGACUAUAGACGCAUGCAGAUUCCUUAAGUCGCCUAAUUCCAAUCAGGUUGCUCUUUUUUUUUACAAUUGUUUCAAGGAGCAUUCCAACAUAAACCACACUUGUCCGUUUGACCAUGAUAUUGUGGUGGAUAAGUUGUCGUAUGAUAGUAUAAAUAAUAAGGUCACCAAAAUGCUGCCCUUUCCGGAGGGGAAGUAUAUGUUUGAAAUGCACUGGAUAGCCUACGACAUUAGUCGAGCUAUAACUAAAUUCUUUAUCUCACUUACCUCAUAAGAAAAAGCUAUCAGUAAU